AUGCGAACUCGAUCGAGCUCUUCAACUGAAGACAUAGGCAGAAAACAGAGAAAGAAAACUCAGAGGCAACAAGCAGAACCAGAGGUGGUUAUUACUAAAACAAUGGAUAUACCAGAGGGUAAUGGACUCGGUCGAACUAAGCAGACUCGACCGAUUGGUCUAGGAGAUGCUCCAAACCGCCAUCAACAAAGACAAGGAAUUGUUCCACCACCUGUCCAGAACCACAACUUUGAAACUUUGAGAUCAAGCUGGAUCAAUGGUGUCUCUGAAGAUGCCAUCAAGCUGAGACUCUUCCCUAUGUCUCUUGCUGACAAGGCUCACCAAUGGGAGAAGAGCCUACCACAUGGUACCAUCACCACUUGGGAUGUAUGCAAGAAGGCUUUUCUUGCCAAGUUCUUUUCAACCGGUCGCACCGCCAAGCUAAGGAGUGAGAUUUCAUACUUCAUUCAGAGGAACAAUGAGACUUUUGCUGAAGCUUGGGAAAGGUAUAGAGAGAUGCUAGACACAGCCAACAAUGGAAACUUCCUUAACCAGGAUGUGGAGGAUGGCUGGCAGCUUGUUGAAAACAUUGCAAACUACAAUGGGAGUUAUGGAGAGGAGUAUGACCGCACCAACCGGAGCUCGACCCAACACUCGAUCGAGUCCGAUGAAAAUUUGAGAAAAGAGGUCAAAUCAUUGAAUGAGAAGUUGGAUAAGCUUAUCUUAGCUCCGUCCACAAUGAAGAAGGUCAAUUUUGUGUCUGCUGAAGAGAUGGAACCUGUUCAAGAAGGGGAAGAUAAACAAUAUGCUGAAGUUUGUUACAUGAGCAAUGGGCAAGGAGGUUACAACAAAGGAUAUUACAACUACAAAGCCAACCCAGCCAUGUCUUACAUAAACAUUGACGUUGCCAACCCAUAA